AUGGCCACCUUGCCGCUGACAUUGAGAAGGCUCCGCCUCGCGACCGUCACGUUGGCGACCUUCCCGACGCUGCCAAAGCUCCAGAAACUGGAUCUGUGGUCAGUGGCCUUGACGAACGACGCUUUUGCAAGCAUCAUGGCACUGCUCACAUCAUCCGACUCGCUCGAACGGCUCAACCUCGCGGACGCGGACUUACCCAAAGAUCAGCUGGAAACGAUUCUGUACGCGCUGCCACGUAUGCUUGUGGUCGCCGUGCUUUUCCUCGUGCGAAACACGCAGCGUAUUUGGCUGGACCUAAACGGCGACAACUCGCUGGACCUGGCAAUGUGCCAGCGCCUUUUGGCAGCCUUUCGUGCGACGUCGCGGAUGGAAUUGGGCUUUUACGGCGAAGACAAGCCACUUGUCCACGACGCCGACGUCACACGCUACGCUGCGUUGCACGGCAUCGAGUUUGCCAAUUGGUGCGCCAUGGCUGGCGCCAGCGCGAUAUCGCUGUGUGCGUCGCUCAAGUCACUGGCGCUCGAGUUUCGCCACUAG